AUGGCUCCUAUCACCACCAGCCGCGUGGAAUUCGAUGAAAUUCCCACAGUGGUGGGCAUCUUCAGUGCUUUUGGCCUCGUCUUUACUGUCUCUCUCUUUGCCUGGAUCUGCUGCCAGAGAAGAUCGGCUAAGUCCAACAAGACUCCUCCAUACAAGUUUGUGCAUGUGCUUAAAGGAGUCGAUAUCUACCCAGAAAACCUCAGCAGCAAGAAGAAGUUUGGGGGAGAUGACAAGAGCGAGGCGAAGCGCAAAGCCGCCCUGCCCAACCUUCCCUUGCAUCUGGACCUGGAGAAGCGAGACCUCAAUGGCAACUUCCCCAAAGCCAACCCCAAAGCUGGCAGCUCUUCUGAUCUGGAAGCUGCCACCCCGAAGCUCUUCACCACUGAGACCGAAAAGGAGGCCGUUUCCCCUGAGAGCUUGAAGUCCAGCACUUCCCUGACUUCAGAGGAGAAACAAGAGAAGCUGGGGACUCUCUUCCUGUCUCUCGAGUACAACUUCGAGAAGAAAGCAUUUGUGGUGAACAUCAAGGAGGCCCAGGGCUUACCAGCCAUGGACGAGCAAUCCAUGACCUCUGACCCGUACAUCAAAAUGACGAUCUUACCAGAGAAGAAGCACAAAGUGAAGACCAGAGUGCUGAGGAAGACGCUGGACCCCGUUUUUGAUGAAACCUUCACGUUCUACGGGCUCCCUUAUCCCCACAUCCAAGAGCUGUCCCUGCACUUCACAGUUCUGAGUUUUGACAGGUUUUCAAGAGAUGACGUCAUUGGAGAAGUCCUUAUUCCUCUUUCAGGGAUUGAAUUAUCAGAUGGAAAAAUGCUGAUGACUAGAGAGAUCAUCAAGAGAAAUGCUAAGAAGUCUUCUGGACGGGGUGAACUUCUGGUCUCCCUCUGUUAUCAGUCCACUACAAAUACGCUCACUGUGGUAGUCUUAAAAGCGCGGCACCUACCUAAAUCUGAUGUGUCUGGCCUUUCAGAUCCCUACGUCAAAGUGAACCUGUACCAUGCCAAGAAGAGGAUCUCUAAAAAGAAGACUCACGUUAAAAAAUGCACUCCCAACGCAGUGUUCAAUGAACUGUUUGUCUUUGAUAUCCCUUGUGAGAGUCUUGAAGAAAUAAGUGUUGAAUUUUUAGUUUUGGAUUCUGAAAGGGGAUCCCGAAAUGAGGUGAUUGGGCGGUUGGUCCUGGGAGCCACAGCAGAAGGAAGUGGUGGAGGGCACUGGAAGGAGAUCUGUGACUUCCCCAGGAGACAAAUUGCUAAGUGGCACAUGCUCUGUGAUGGUUAG